AGGCAUGAGCCAUGAGCCGAAGUCGCCGUCCCUAGGAAUGCUCUCCACGGCCACCCGCACCACCGCCACCGUCAGCCCCCUGACCCCGUCCCCCCUGAACGGCUCCAUCGUUCCCAAUGGCAGCCCCGCCGCCAGCAGCACUUUGUCCGUCCAGGCAGCACCUUCCUCCAGCUUCGCCGCCGCUCUCCGCAAGCUCGCCAAGCAAGCCGAGGAGCCCAGAGGCUCCUCACUGAGCAGCGAGUCGUCCCCGGUGUCCUCUCCGGCCACCAACCACAGCUCCCCCGCCAGCACGCCCAAGCGUGGCCCCAUGGGCCCCAUCAUCGUGCCCCCGGGGGGACACAGCGUGCCCAGCACGCCGCCCGUCGUCACCAUCGCCCCCACCAAGACGGUGAACGGGGUGUGGAGGAGCGAGGGCAGACAGCAGGAAGCAGGGUCUCGAGGCAGCAGCAGCAGCGCCGGCCGCGAGCGCCUCAUCUCGGAGCCCCCCCUGACGCAGGAGAAAGCAGGGGGUCCCACUGUCCCCUCCCACCUCCUGGGGACCCCCUACUCCUUCGGGCUGCCCCCCAGCUCCGUGGUCCAGGAUUCCCGCUUCCCUCCUCUCAACCUGCAGAGGCCGGUUCACCACGUGGUGCCUCCCAGCGCGGUGACCGAGGAUUACCUGCGGAGCUUCCGUCCCUACCACACGGCCGAGGAUCUCCGCAUGUCCUCCCUGCCGCCCCUCGGCCUCGACCCGGCCACUGCCGCCGCCUACUACCACCCCAGCUACCUGACACAUCACCCCUUCCCUCAUCCUGCCUUCAGGAUGGAUGAGUCGUACUGCCUGUCGGCACUGAGGUCCCCCUUCUACCCGCUGCCAGCGCCGGGCUCGCUGCCCCCCCUGCACCCCUCGGCCAUGCACCUGCACCUCUCGGGGGUCCGGUACCCCCCCGAGCUCUCCCACUCCUCCCUCUCCGCCCUGCAGUCCGAGCGCAUCUCCAGCCUCGCCGCCGAGAGGCUGCAAAUGGACGAGGAGCUGCGGCAAAGGGAGCGGGAGCGGGAACGGGAGAAGGAGCGGGAGCGAGAAGCCGACCGGGAGCGGGAGAAGGAGCGGGAACGGGAACGGGAGCGCGAGAAGGAGCUGGAGCGGGAGCGGGAAAAGGAGCGGGAACGGGAGCUGGAGAGGCAGCGGGAGCGUGCCCGGGAGAAGGAGCUGAGCAUGGUGAAAGCCAUGGAGGGACCCUUCCUCCCCGUGGCGGAGCUGCACGGGCUGCGGGGGCAUGCUCACCCCAAAAUACCUCCCCUCAUCCACAGCCUGACUCUCCAUCACCCCUUUUCCACCGCAGACAAACUCAAGGACUCGGUGCUGCCCACACCAAAGCCCAUCCAGCACCCUCUGCACCCACCACCGGGCUCCCACCACCCCGUGCCCAGCCUCAUCCCCAACCACAGCGUGUUCCCUCUGCCCGGGAGCAGCGCGGCCACGGCGCUGCUCAUCCACCGCACCAACGAGGAGGAGAAGUGGCUGGCCCGGCAGCGCCGGCUGCGCCAGGAGAAGGAGGAUCGGCAAUCCCAAGUCUCGGAGUUCCGGCAGCAGGUGCUGGAGCAGCACCUGGACAUAGGCCGUGCCCCGAGCCAAGCCGAGCCCGAGCACCGGCCCGAGCACCCCAGGUUGGGAUCGAGCCGCCACGAGCCGAGCAGCCGGGAGCCAGGGCAGCACUUUGGCGGGCCCCCACCCCUCAUCUCCCCCAAACCUCAGCACCACCCCGUCACCACGUCCCUCUGGAACCCCGUCUCGCUGAUGGAGAGCCCUCCUGACCCUCCCCGGCGCCUCCCCGAGCGCCGCCAGGGCAUCCCGCUGGUCAAGGUGGAGAGGGUCUUCUGCCCGGAGAAGCUGGAGGAGGGCCCGAGGAAGAGGGAUGCUCUGGAGAAAUACCCCCCGGGACGGGAGCCCGGCGCCCCGGAGCACGGGGCCUUCACCCACACCCCCUUCCUAGCUGAGCUGGAAAAAUCCACUCAGAGCAUCCUGAGCCAGCAGAGAGCCCCGGCCACCCCGUUCCCCGAGGCCACCAAGCCCAGCUCGCCCUACCGGCCCCCCCAGCCCCGCGCCCAGGACCCCAUGUACAUCUACGACGAGUUCGUGCAGCAGCACCGCAGGCUGGUCAGCAAACUGGACCUGGAGGAGCGGCGGCGGCGCGAGGCCCGUGAGAAAGGGUACUACUAUGACCUGGAUGACUCCUGUGAUGACAGUGACGAGGAGGAGGUGCGGGCCCAUCUCCGCUGCGUGGCUGAGCAGCCCCCGCUGAAGCUGGACACGUCCUCUGAGAAGCUGGAGUUCCUGCAGCUCUUCGGCCUCACCACGCAGCAGCAGAAGGAGGAACUGCUGAGCCAGAAGCGGCGCAAGCGCCGGCGGAUGCUGCGGGAGCGGAGCCCCUCUCCGCCCACGGUGCAGAACAAGCGCCGCACGCCCUCCCCGCGCCUCCCGCUCUCCACCCGCUACAGCCCCGACGAGAUGAACAACAGCCCCAACUUCGAGGAGAAGAAGCGCUUCCUCACCAUCUUCAACCUCACGCACAUCAGCGCCGAGAAGAGGAAAGACAAGGAGAAGCUGGUGGAGAUGCUCCAGGCCAUGAAGCAGAAGACCACGCCGGCCGCCGUGGUGGUGAAGAGCUCCCCGCGGGACAGCCCCGGUGCCCCCAGCACUGAGCCUCCGGUGCCGCCGCUCCUGCUGGACCUGGAUAAACCCGUGGGCAUCGCCGUCUCCGUGCCCGAGGUGCCGAAGGCGGCGGAAGCCUCCAGGUUAGAGCAGCUGAGACCCCAGGAGCCAGCCAGGCCCAAGGAGGCGGGCACGGCGCCGGAGAAGCCCCGGCUGGGCGAUGGGCACCCUGGAAAGAAGGCUCUGAGCAUCCUCAGCUACGUCAGGGGUCCCCUCCCCAAGGACAUCCGGUGCCGCUGUCCCACAGCACCGGUGCCGCUGUCCCACAGCAUGAACGGCAAGAGCAAGCCCUGGGAACCCUUCAUUGCCGAGGAAUUUGCCCACCAGUUCCAUGAGUCGGUGCUGCAGUCCACGCAGAAGGCGCUGCAGAAGCACAAAGGGGGGACGGCGGCGCUGACGGCGGAGCAGAACCACAAACUGGACACCUCCAUCCACUACAACAUCCCGGAGCUGCAGGCGUCCACCCGCCUGGCCGGGCCCCCGCACAACGGCACGGCCGAGGGGCCGCUCCGGCCACUGCCCCCCCUGGCCCGGGACUCCGCCUCCGAGGACGAGGAGGAGGAGGAGGAAGAGGAGGAAGAGGAGGAAGAUUACCCCAGGCCCAAGUGGCAAGGGAUCGAGGCAAUUUUUGAAGCUUACCAGGAACAUAUAGAAGAACAAAACCUGGAGCGCCAGGUGCUGCAGACGCAGUGCCGGCGGCUGGAGGCGCAGCACUACACCCUGAGCCUGACAGCCGAGCAGCUGUCACACAGCAUGGCGGAGCUGAGGAGCCAGAAGCAGAAGAUGGUGUCGGAGCGGGAGCGCCUGCAAGCGGAGCUGGAUCACCUGCGGAAGUGCCUUGCCUUGCCUGCAAUGCAGUGGUCUAGGGGUUAUUUCAAGGGGUAUCCCAGGUGACGCUCCUUGGGCCAGGCCGAACAUAUAGUCUAGAAAUAAUAAUCUAUUUUAUUACCUUGAAUAUUUAAUAUUUUUCACUGGGAGGUUUGAAGCUAAAAAAAAAAAAUAAAAAUAAAAUAAAAAAAAAACAACCAAAAAAACAAAAAAACACCACAAAAAAAACGAACCACCACGAGAGAAUCAUUAAUAAUAAAAGGAAGAAAAGAGGAAAAAAAAAUAAAUAAUAAAAAUAGAGAAAUAAAUGGAGAAUGUGCCAUGCAUGAAGCAAACGGGAGCCGGGAGGAGCUGGGAGCCCAUCCCACGGCCAGCAGCCCCCGGCUUGUCCCCUCCUGUCCCCUCCUCCGGGGGCCACGGCUCUGAAGCCCUCCCCACUCCACCCACACUUUAUAAUGCUCAUUUUUGUUGGUUCUUUGGGGUUUUUUCUAAAAAAAAAAAAAAAAAAAAAAGAGAAAAAAAA